AUGUAAGAAGAAAAUUAAGGUUAUGGAGUAGAUUUAGGUGGUAGAUAUACACUAAUUGCCAAAUGCAAUCUAUUUUCAGCUGAUGUUGUACUAAAUGAAGGUUAAAGAGAAACAGAAAAUGUCAUUGUUUUUUCGGCUAAUGAAAGACUCUUUGGAAAUAUGGCUGCACAUUCCUAUCGAUCUCACAUUCUAAAUUCAGUUAGAGGUUUCCAAAAAACCCAUAUAUUUUAAUAUAAAGGGAGAUAAUAUUAAUUGGAGCCUGAAUAGUAGAUAGGAGCUUUUCUUAGAAAAUUAUUAAGGAAUUACAAUAGAACAAUAGUUAUCUCUUAUCCAGAUUUUUACACUCAAUUUGAUUUGAUCAGACUAUGGAGAGCAAUUUAAAUAAGCAAAAUUCCAGUUUUGGCAGCCAUUCCAGAAAAUAUGGCAAUAAGCGCAUAUGUUAAUUAUUGUCAAAAUAAUGUUCUACAAAAAGAAAUGAUGAUAAUUGAUUUUGGUCAUUCAAAAUUUACAGCAUUUUUAUUAUCUUAAGAAUAGGUGCUAUGUGAAGUGUUUGAUAGAAAUUUAGGAACAUUCUAAAUGGAUUAUUAUCUUGCUGAAUGGAUUAUAAGUCAAGCAAAGAUCAACAUAGAUAAGAAGAGCAAAUAUUAUUUGAGAUUAUUGGAUACUUGUGAAAAUAUUAGGAGAAGGCUAAGUGCGAAUAAGGAAACUUAUAUUGAUAUUGAAUAAUUAAUACCAGAUGUUGAUUUUACAUACAAUUUAACAAGGUAAGAAAAUAUUAUAAUUUUUAGGGAAAAAUAUGAAGCAAUCAUAUAACCAAUUUUAGAAUCACUUUCAAAUUUAUUAUUUAAUCUCCAUCAUUAAACACAAAAUUUCAAAUUUAAUUUAAUAGUUACAUUGGGAGGAGGUUCUAGAAUUCCAGUUAUACAAUAAAGCAUUAAAGCUAUAUUUGAAGGGAAAUAAAUCUAAAGUACCAUACAUGCAACGGAAGCGAUUUGUCAAGGAUGUGCUGUUUCAUGUACAUUAAUAACUUAGAGAAAGGAAUAGUAAUAAAAAAAAUUGAACCCCACAAAACAUUAUUUAAAUAUAUAUGAAUAGUAUCCUGUAUUUAUAGGAAUAAGUAGCCAAGAUGGGAAAAAUAAAUUAACAGAGUAAUAAUUCUAAUAAAAAUUGCUUUAAAAUAAAACAAGCUUAAGAGAAUAUUUUGUUCUUAAUGGUGAAUGUAUAAAAUUUACUCAUUGUUUAACAAAAUCUUUGGAUAAGUUUAAAUCUUAUGGAAUAACUAUAUUUUAUGAUCCACCUCCUAUUGGUUAUGAAGCAUUGAUUAAAUCUUUUCAAAUUAGUAACCCAGAAUUAAUUAUGUUUUACUAUGAUGAUUUUGGAGUGAUUUAAAUGUCUAAAGAUAAUUAUAUUGCAAUUCCAAUUUAAGAUCAGAGAAUAGGACUUAUUGAGAUGAUGUAACUUGAAGAUUAAUUAGAACUUGAUGAUAAUAAUGUUUAAAUAGUAAAACAUUAAUUUUUAAUCUUUUUAGAUUCAUGAAUUAAGAUAUUAGAGUGAAAGAAGAAUAAAUGAAGUCAAAUAAUAGUAUAAGACUUAAAAUUUAAAUGUUCCAUAAAGAAUAAAAAUCGGUGAAUUGAUAGAAGAAUAUGAAUAAAGAAUUUCAGAUUAGAGUUUAUCAGUCAAAGACAUUUAAGAUAUAAUGAAUGAAUUUGAAUAAUAGUAUUAAAAUAUUAUUGCUUGA